AUGCCUCAUGCUCACCACGCCGGCUUGGUGAUGCGAAACCACCUUCGUCGGGAUGUAAUCCCCCCGAAUCGAUUGCCAUUUUUGGUACCCACAACCUCCUCUAUAGCUACCAAGCUUCCAUCCCUCGUGGCGAGAGCCGAAGCAUCCACAGCGAUUACGGGAGAAAAGCCCACUAGUAAUCUGACAACGACGGUUUUGCCCGUCGUGCUCGGUGCAGGUCUUCCCAUUCUGUGCGCUAUUGUCAUCCUCAUUGUGCUUCACCGAAGGCAUGUUAAGAAACUUAUGCGGGAAGAUGCAAUGGAUAAACAUAAAUCUCUCGAUUUCGGAAUGGAUACCGUGGGGCCGGCAACUAAGAGAAAAGGCCCCCACGGAAUGCCCCCGAUGUCCGAACCCAACCAUACCAAAGGGUUGUCUCUUGACGUCGGUCCAUAUCUGAUGCCCCCGAGCCUACAAGAUUCCCCGGAUUCUCUGCGCUCCAUGUCAAUAGAUGAUGACAAAUACCGCCCGGCCACUGCCUCCAUUCGGUCAUACCCCAGGGGACAACGGGAUGAUGCAUCGAGCUUCGCGGGUUCCCGAUUUGGGGAUGAUGGCAGUUCGGGUCUCCUCCAGAAUGCGCAGAGGAUGUCUCGAUCUGACCCACCGCUGUACUCCUCCCCGACCGAAUCUCGUGGACGCAGUCCAAACCGACAAAAUGACUACCUUGGGCAAGUUCCCGGGGUGACGCACCCACCUGCCGCACAGCAACCCGGCAUAGCUAUCGGAAGUCCUAAUGGCCACAGAAUUCCCUCACCAGAGCCCCUGCCCCAUCUGGAUUCUUCAUCUGGCUUGAACUUUGGACUGGGUGAUACACAUGGCAACACGUAUAGUAACCAGAGUGAAGAGCGCCUCAACUUCCCGCUGCCUGAGCCCUCGCAUUCACGAGACUUGAACCACAGUCAGGCUCCUGCAUCAGAGCUUCCUCGUAUUUCCCUGCCGGCCAGCGAUAUCACCAGUAGUGACUAUGGGGAUGACCGCAAGUCGCAAUACACUGUCCCUGCGACCAACGUCCAUGGCACAGAAGAUGUACAGCAACAUAAUGCCCCAAGCCACGAACAGAAGCAUGCAGAACUUCCAGAGGAACCCAACAAGCUGGAUGCGGCAUAUGAUAACCGCCGCGAUACCCGCCGGAUGACUCUCGGAUUGCGCCCGUUGCCCCCAGAAGACCCCGCCGACAACCCAGAACAGCGUGCCAAUCGGAUUCGCUCCUUCUACAAGGAGUACUUCGAUGAGAGCAAGGGCGGCCAGGAGCCCACAUACUACGAGGACUUCGGGCCCGAGUUCUAUGAGAAUGGUGGUAACUCAGCUGGUUUCAUCUACGACCCAACCACCGGUGAGUAUUAUGAUGCUAGUCAUGGUGCUGCUCCAUUCGCCGAGCCGGUCACCCGUCGCGCGAUGACCCCGCCACCUCGCGCACCUCCACGCUUCCAGGGAGCUGCCCGCCACAUGGCCACCAACUCCGCUGGAGGGGGCAUGCCCGGGCCGCGCGCCUUCUCAUCUGCCUCUGGCCGUAUGCCUGGGCCACGCGGUCCCAAGAAACCGAUUCCACCUCCAUCGCCUCUGCACGUCCUUCCUACUCCUCACAUGUUGACGGAAGACUCCCUCAUGACCGCCAUGGACUUUGCCCCGGCACAUGGAUUCAAGGACCGCCGCGCGGGUCGCCCUGAGACACCCACCGGUGGCACUCGCCCUUACAUGCCUGCUGUGCGUGCCCACACACCGCUGGUCUCUUCCUUUGACGAACUCGCCGUGAUGCCCAGCCCCCACGCCCUGCGCAAGUCCGGCACGUUCACCAACCUGGACUUUGUGCCCCCACCGCGGUUCAAGAACGAGGGUGGUACUGGCAGCGAUGCGGGUAGUAUCCGCAGUGCUCGAACGGUCGUCUCUGCUCAUCACCAAAAUAAUAUCCGUAUGGGUAACUACCGUGUCAGUCGUCUGCCAGCCGAGGCGGUAGGCACUAAGGACGCCAUGAUGGCUAGUUUGCAUCCGAAGUGGGAUAUGAACAACACUUAA